CUUUGCUAUUGCAGUUUUUGCGUUCUUUGUAUAUUUGUGAGCAAUUCUCAUACAGCCGUAUAUAAAGUUCAACUUGCAGCCAGAAAUGGGGAAAAUCGUACAACUUCUCACUCAUCCCAACGAGUUGAAAGCUGUAGUACAGUUAUUGUAUUUCAGACAGCCAUUGCAUCCUGUAGAUCCCAAAAAACAGGGAGACACCCUCAAAAGAUGCUACUAUUUGUUGAACCAGACGUCGCGGUCGUUUGCAGCAGUCAUCAAAGAGUUGCAUCCAGAAAUCCGUGAUGCCAUCAUGUUGUUCUACUUGGUUUUGCGUGCCUUGGAUACUAUUGAAGACGACAUGACACUUGAUCCCGGCUUCAAGGUUCCUUUGUUGCGUAGCUUCGACGAUAAGUUGAACGAAAUUGAUUGGACGUUUAACGGGUCUGGACCCGACGAACAGGAUCGAAUCGUGUUGGUUGAGUUUGACCAGGUUUUGACCGAGUACCACAAGUUGAAGCCCGAGUACCAGGACAUCAUCAAGGACAUAACCAAGAAGAUGGGCAAUGGAAUGGCCGACUAUAUCUUGGAUGACAACUUCAAUCUCAACGGUGUGGAAACUGUUGCUGACUACGACUUAUACUGUCACUAUGUAGCUGGACUUGUAGGCGAAGGUUUGACCAAGUUCAUGGUGUUGGCCAAGUUCUCCGACGACUCACUUGUUGCAGAUGGUUUUGUCAAGUCCAACUCGAUGGGGUUGUUUUUGCAAAAGACCAAUAUCAUCAGAGACUACCACGAAGACUUGGAAGACGGCAGAUCCUUCUGGCCCAAGGAAGUCUGGUCCAAGUACACCGACGCAUUGCCCUCUUUCCACAAGGACACUUCUUCCGAAUCAGAGGCUCAGGGCUUGAGCUGUAUAAGCGAGUUGGUGUUGAACUCUUUGGGUCAUGUUAAGCAUGUGUUGGAGUUCUUGUCGUUAGUGAAAGAUCCUUCCUCAUUUAACUUCUGUGCCAUUCCCCAGGUCAUGGCUAUAGCCACCUUGGCCACCGUCUAUAACAACCCAAAGGUGUUGCAUUCCAAUGUAAAGAUCAGAAAGGGCACCACCUGUGAGUUGAUCUUGCAAAGCAGAACUUUUCCCGGUGUAGUCAAGAUUUUCAGAAAGUAUGUUCAGAUCAUAAACCACAAGUCCAAUGUCAAGGACCCCAACUACUUGAAGAUUGGCAUCAAAUGUGGAGAGAUUGAGCAGUACUGUGAAACCAUGUAUCCUGACGUCAAUGCCUUGCCUGCUGGCGUAUCUAAGCCUCAACAUGCGAUAAGCAAGAUCAUUGACGACAGAGCCAGAAUCGACCAGAGCAUGCAGAGAAGAAUCGACCAAGAGAACUUCAAUACCAAUGUUGUAUUGGGCACUGCUGCUGCUGGGGUAGUCUUGGUGGGUUAUUUGUUGUUGUCAUUGUAGUAUUUUCAGAUAAAGCGAAUAUGUAUAAAAAGCGAGAAAAGCGAGAGACGUUUAUAAUAUAUGAAUCUUUUCAGUAUAACAUUGAAAGGUUAGUCAAACAUUUUAGCAUAUAUACACGAUGAUUAUGGAGAAUGAAUAGAACAUUAUU